CAACUGCACUUACUCUCACUCCACUACUACAUUUCUCCACUACUACAUUUCCAGUAUCUAGAAGGAAAGAGGAGGCAGAAAAAGCGGGAAACAAAACCCAGAUAAAUCACACAGAGAGAGGGAGAGGGAUGACGGAGAAAGGUAGAGGAAAAGGUGGAAAAGGAGGAGCAUUAACGGUAGACGAGAAGUACAGCCAGUGGAAGUCUCUGGUUCCAAUUCUCUAUGAUUGGCUCGCUAACCACAAUCUUGUUUGGCCUUCUCUUUCUUGCCGAUGGGGUCCACUUCUAGAGCAAGCCACUUACAAGAAUCGACAGCGCCUUUACCUCUCUGAACAGACUGACGGGAGUGUUCCAAAUACACUCGUUAUUGCAAAUGUGGAGGUUGUUAAACCUAGAGUUGCUGCUGCGGAGCAUAUAUCGCAGUUUAAUGAAGAAGCUCGUUCUCCCUUUGUAAAGAAGUUCAAAACCAUCAUACAUCCAGGGGAGGUCAACAGGAUCAGAGAGCUCCCACAGAACAGUAACAUAGUGGCUACACACACUGACAGCCCUGAUGUUUUGAUAUGGGAUGUGGAAAAUCAACCUAGUCGUCAUGCUAUUUUAGGAGCUCAUAGCUCUCGUCCAGAUCUGAUAUUGACUGGACACCAGGAAAAUGCUGAAUUCGCUCUUGCAAUGUGCUCUUGUGAACCACUUGUGCUUUCUGGAGGGAAGGAUAAGCUCGUGGUUCUUUGGAGUAUUCAUGAUCAUAUCUCAACAUUAGCAACAGAACCAGGGGGUGCAAAGUCCACUUCUUCUGGCAGCAAUACCAAAUUUGCAUCUAAAUCUGCUGAUAAAACCAAUGGGAAUGCUGAUAGCCCUUCAGUUGGAGCACGAGGCAUAUACAAGGGACAUGAUGAUACUGUUGAGGAUGUGCAAUUUUGCCCCACAAGUGCGCAGCAGUUUUGCAGUGUGGGCGAUGAUUCCUGCCUGAUAUUGUGGGAUGCGAGAACUGGAAUAAAUCCUGCCAGUAAGGUUGAGAAGGCCCAUGAUGCUGAUCUGCAUUGUGUUGAUUGGAACCCUCAUGAUGAAAAUCUUAUUCUGACUGGAUCAGCUGAUAAUUCAGUUCACAUGUUUGAUCGGCGAAAUCUCACUAUAAAUGGAGUUGGCUCACCUGUCCAUAAAUUUCAGGGCCAUGAUGCUUCUGUUCUUUGUGUACAGUGGUCACCACAUAAUAGAUCAAUCUUUGGCAGCGCUGCUGAGGAUGGUCUGUUGAACAUCUGGGAUUAUGAAAAGGCAGGUAACAUGAAAACAGAGACUGGAAAUAGAAUUCCAGAUUAUCCAGCUGGUUUAUUUUUCAGACAUGCAGGACACAGGGACAAAGUGGUUGACUUUCACUGGAAUUCAAUUGAUCCAUGGACUAUUGUCAGUGUUUCAGACGAUUGUUCAAGCUCUGCUGGAGGUGGAACAUUGCAGAUAUGGCGCAUUAUUGAUUUGCUGUACAGACCGGAAGACGAAGUCCUAGCAGAGUUGGACAAAUUCCGAUCCCAUGUAACGACAUGCCCCUCUUAAAUCUUACAGCGGUAUUAGAAUAUGUUUAGGCUGACAACAAACUUAGAACUUGGAAGGAUGCAAAUAUCAUGUAUACAGUCUUUCGACUCUUGUGAUUGAACAUGAAAUCUGCUUUUUUUGGGUGAACCUUCGUCCCAUCAUUUCACCUUUUGCCAAUGUAAGCUUGAUUACUAUGAUCA